CCAUCAAUCCCUCUGUAAUCUCCCUCAACAAUCCAAGCUGUACCUUCUAGCGCUCUCUCUCUCUCUCUCUAAACAAACAUUCCUCAACACUCCAAAACCCAAUAUUUCCUAGCUUGGUCGUCAUCUUGAUCUUUCUCUCUCUCUGAUCUCUCUCUGUGUCUGCCACCAUGGGCAACUGUUGCUCUCAUGGCAAAAGCCAUGCUUCCUCAAUUACCGAAAAGAAAGAAUCUAUGCCUCAAAGCAGCCAUGACAAUGCACGCAAUGGCACUCCGGGAAACUACUCCAUUGACAAUGUUAAACCUGCUCAUUUGGUCGCCCCGGGAACCCCUCCCAGGCCUUCCAAGCCUGCGGCUCCCGUCGGUCCAGUCUUGGGACGCCCCAUGGAAGAUGUCAAGUCAACGUACUCCAUCGGAAAGGAGCUCGGACGGGGACAGUUCGGCGUCACCCAUCUUUGUACUCACAAGGUGACGGGGGAGCAGUUUGCGUGUAAAACCAUAGCCAAGCGAAAGCUUGUGAACAAGGAGGAUAUCGAGGACGUUAGGAGGGAGGUUCAGAUCAUGCACCAUUUGACGGGGCAGCCUAAUAUCGUGGAACUCAAGGGCGCGUACGAGGACAAGCACUCGGUUCAUUUGGUCAUGGAGUUGUGCGCCGGAGGAGAGCUUUUCGAUCGAAUUAUUGCAAAGGGACAUUACACGGAGCGCGCAGCAGCAUCCUUGCUGCGGACAAUCGUUCAGAUUGUGCACACUUGCCAUUCCAUGGGAGUCAUUCACAGAGAUCUCAAGCCUGAGAAUUUCCUUCUGCUUAACAAGGAUGAGAAUUCACCACUCAAGGCUACGGAUUUCGGUCUAUCCGUUUUCUACAAACAAGGAGAAGUAUUUAAAGAUAUUGUUGGUAGUGCAUAUUACAUUGCGCCUGAAGUGUUGAGGAGGAGAUAUGGACCAGAAGUCGAUAUCUGGAGUGUUGGGGUCAUGCUCUAUAUUCUUCUGUCUGGUGUUCCCCCAUUUUGGGCUGAAUCAGAACAGGGGAUAUUCAAUGCAAUUUUACGUGGCCACAUUGACUUUGCUAGCGAUCCAUGGCCGUCGAUUUCACCUGCAGCAAAAGAUCUUGUCAGGAAGAUGUUGCAUUCGGAACCCAAACAGAGGCUGUCUGCCUUCCAAGUUCUCAAUCAUCCGUGGAUUAAGGAGGACGGAGAAGCGCCUGAUACUCCUCUUGACAACGCAGUGCUGGAUAGGCUCAAACAGUUUAGAGCUAUGAACAAGUUCAAGAAAGUUGCUCUUCGGGUGAUUGCUGGAUGUUUAUCAGAGGAAGAAAUCAGGGGAUUGAAAGAGAUGUUCAAGAGCAUGGAUACCGAUAACAGUGGUACUAUUACGCUUGAAGAGCUGAAGCAAGGACUCGCUAAGCAAGGAACUAGGCUCUCUGAAUAUGAGGUUAAACAAUUAAUGGAAGCUGCUGAUGCUGAUGGGAAUGGGACCAUAGACUAUGACGAGUUCAUCACAGCAACGAUGCACAUGAACCGGAUGGAUAGAGAAGAGCAUCUUUACACCGCCUUCCAAUACUUUGACAAGGACAAUAGCGGGCACAUUACGACCGAAGAGCUUGAGCAAGCUCUUCGCGAAUAUGGAAUGCAUGAUGGAAGGGACAUCAAGGAAAUUCUCUCUGAAGUUGAUGCUGAUAACGAUGGUCGGAUAAACUACGAGGAAUUCGUGGCAAUGAUGAGAAAAGGAAACCCAGAAGCAAACCCCAAGAAACGACGCGAUGUAAAUCUUUAAAUGAACACACUACUGAUGCGUGCAUAUAUGCAUGAAUGGUGGGGAAAACGAAUCCAAAAUUAAAAUCAUCACUUUGUCAGCCCAGUACUCAUGUUUGUUUUCAUCUUUAGUACUGAAGCAAGCGGGUGGAGUUUCCUAUCUAAAAAUAUAUAGAUUUCGUGGGAAUUAAGGUGCAUGGUGAUCAUCAUGAUGUCAAGGUGAAGAUCAAGAUCAGUAUCGAAUGAUCAGGCGGAAACAUAUAUAUAUAUGACUCUGAGUGAGGAGUAGUACGUACUGGCACAAGAUCGAACAAGUAUAUUGGUGGGGGUGUUGAGGGUUAUCAAUUUAUUAUAAGUUUGGAGGGUUUAAUUCUAGAUCUCUAAUUUCUUUUCCAAGAAUAUCGUGUAUGCAGUAACAACUACAGCAAUGUUGUCAUAGCAGCUUGCUAAUUAUUCUCAGGAAUCGAUGGUGUUGAUUAAUUAAUUUCUGUGUGUUUCUUGUCCAACAUUUCAAGCUGUCAUAAGUACUAACUGUUACAUUUGUUGACUUUCUGAUCAUUAUCAAUUGACUAGGUAUUCUAA